UUUGCUUUCGAGAACACGUAACUGGUUGUUUCUCCCGAAACAUGGCUGCAUAUCGUUCCGCUGAUAUAGUGAAAUUCUGUGUAAAGGAGCAUUAAAAGAAAUCCUAAAGCCGUGCGAGAGUGUAAAACGAAGACAUCAUGUCUUCGAUACACUUUGUGGUUCAUCCAUUACCGGGAACCGAUGAUCAGCUUAAUGAUAGAUUGAAAGAAGUUGCAGAGAAAAUUAACAGAUAUGGAUUUAUGACUCCACCAGCGCUUAGCGGCCAAAAGGUCGCCGUUAAGCGUAUUGUAGUAGGGCCAACUCACAUUGCUCUUCUUAUGGAAGACAACAGAAUCUGCCGACUUGCCUUUACAGUCCUAUCAGACAGAUUAGACCUAACCAAAAAUGAACCUAACCGAAAUACCAGUAAGAGCCACGUUGGAAAUUCAAGUUCUGCACCAAGCGGAAGUGGCGGUAGCGGCGGAGGCGGACGUGCAGGUAUCAGAUCCCGUGCGCGAAUUAUGCGUAGCAGUUCUGCAAUUCGGGGCGGUGGAAGUGGAGGUGGUGGAGGAAGCGGUGGCCGAAUUGGACCACCUGGUGUAAUAAUGAGCGGAGGUGGUGGAAGCAGUUCUCGACCUAUAGUUUCCGUACCGGCUCCGUUCGUUCCAGAGGAUUUAAUCUCUCAGGCUCAAGUAGUCUUACAAGGAAAGAGUCGCAAUCUGAUCAUUAGGGAGCUACAGCGUACGAAUCUGGACGUUAACUUGGCCGUGAAUAAUCUUCUGUCACGGGACGACGAGGAAGGUGACGACGCAGAAGAUGCUGCUGACAGUUACGUACCCGAAGAUCUUAUAUCGUUACUCGAUGGUGGCUUCAGCAAUGAGCACUCAGUCAUCAUAGAUGCUGAUUCUAUGUUUUCUGAAGACAUGUUCGGUUACGCAGGCAUGAGAAGUCGUGGCAGUUCAUCACGAAGACUUGGAAAUGAUAGAGACGGUGAGAGACCGGCAGAACGCGAAAGAGACCGAGAUAGUUUUAGCAGAUGGAGGGAUCGUCAAUAUUACGGUCCACGUAGAUGGUUAGAAACUGCCCUGAAGGAUUCAUGGGAGAAAGAUCCUGAUAAUAAAAAAAAGGAACUGGUAUCUCAAAGUCCUUUAUGGAUAUCAGAGGAAUUGGAAUGGUGGCAUGAACGUAGUGGAGAGCCUGCACCUCGCUUUGUACAAAUUGCUGCCCUUUAUAGCGAAUUAAUUGCCGUUUCUGUAACUGGCCAAUUAUACCAGUGGAGAUGGGCCGAUCCUGAACCAUACAAACAUCCUGAGAAUCCGAAUGUGCACCAUCCAAAAAGUAUCCCGUUGGCUUUGAUGGGUGAGAAAAUCGUGAAUAUAUCCGCCACUGCAAUUCGCUGUUCUGUCAGUACAGAGAGUGGGAAAGUCGCAACAUGGCUUGACGAACUCCUCGGGCAUGUAGCUUCCCGUCUAGAACAUCCGGCACAAGCAUUUACUGAAUUUACUUUAGAUAAAAUUAUCUCUCUUCACACUUGUGCUCUGUACACUGUUGCUAGACUGGAGAGUGGGGCGCUCUAUUGGUGGGGAGUUUUGCCAUUUGCCCAGAGGAAGAAGUUAUGGGAAAAGUACAAGGCUAAAUCGCGUAAACACAGGCCGUCAACUGUAUUAUCGACAGAUAUCAGUUACGGCAGGCACGUUUGUAUGAAGAAUAGUCCCAUCUAUCAACCGGGAGCCAUUGGUUUCACAAUUGCCAAUGGAGUUCCUAAGGUUGGGCAACUGUUAUCAGCAGCCUGGAAUUUGGAUGCUGUUUGUCGUUUUAAAAUUUUACCUGCUGGUACUUUGUUGCCUACUACACCUCCCGAAAAAAGAGAAACUAAUGGAAAUGGCAGCACAGGCAGUACUAGUAAAACAAAUCAUAAGGAAACUGCUGAUCGACUUGAUAUGCCUCCACCACCUUCACCUGCUUCGAGCACUUGCAGUGAUACUGGCAGCAUUACAACUAGUCACACAAUAUCCCUUUCAGAGCGACAAAAACGUAUGGCUCCUAGAAGUGAAGGUGAAUCUGAGAGAAAGGACGAAGAAGAUUGGCAACUAAAAGAUGUUGUUUUCGUCGAGGACGUUAAAACUGUACCUAUUGGAAAAGUUAUUAAGGUCGAUGGCUGUUAUGUUGCUGUGAAAUUCUUUUCGAAGGAUUCAAAGGAAAAGGAGAAGGAAACUAAAGAGAAAGAUUUUAGUAGUUCAGACUUCAAGGAUUUGACUGCCGAAGAAUUGAUUAAGUUACUUGCUGACUGUCGACUCUUGCGUAAGGAUGAAUUGCAGGUGAUUAAGUCACCACUAAACUCUCGAGCUCCAGAUUGUUUCCAAAGAACACCCAGAAGGGUCAAUAUCCUAGAGGGUUCCAAUGAGAGUUUGUUGACUAUCUCUACCGAUGGUCAAGGUAUCCAUGCUAUAUUAAAAAAUGGAAAUAAAUUGAGCUAUGUGGUUUACAAUUUGAGUACUGGACGGUACGUUCAAGAUUGUUAUAUUCCAUCAGAAAUAUCAUCUUUCUUGGGACUGCAACCUCAGAAUAUUAGUCUCACGAGUGCUGGCGAGAAUAACGAAUGUUCUAUGAUUCUUCGCGAUGGUAAUAACACUAUCUAUCCCAUCGCCAAGGAUUGUGCAGAGGCGAUUCGUGAUCCGAAUUGGAUCGAUCUUGUGCCAAUAUUAUGUAUUGGAGCUUCAACCAUUCCAAUUCCAAGUUGCACCAAUUCGACAAAUCUAAAAAACCAAGUAGCUGUCAUAGCGUUAGUAUUUGAUAACUUGUUGUUGAUGCCUCGUAUACUUAGAUGUGAUUACGAUGGAGUUAAACAAGUCUUUGUGAAUCUCGAACAAGAUCUAAAAGGUACUGCAGGACAGAUUCAAACUAUUUUAACAGAGCGUUGUGACGGAAAUCGCAACAUUCUGCACGCAUGCGUCAAUAUGUGUUCUCCAACAUCGAACAAAGAAAAUGAACAAGGUAUUGAACGUGAACUAGUAACUAAUGCUGUCGAUGGCAAUUCUACUCCUAUCGAAGAACCUAUUCCAACAUUAAGUUGGUCCGCAGAGGCAUUUGACAAUACAUCUGGAGAGGAAGACAGUCUUUUGAGUAUAGGUGCAGCUAGUAUUUCUAUGAUGAAUAAGACUGGUGUAGGAUCCGCGUCAAAUAAUACUUAUAUCGUUGAUUCAGUUGAGAGACGAAACAAUGCUUUAAUGAUACUGAAGUACAUGUGUGAAAAUCCCGUAUUAGCACCACACCUCAAGGAUUUAUUAGUUGCGAGAGACGCACAAGGUCAGACACCAUUAAUGCUUGCUGUUUCUGUAAGAGCAUAUCAUGCUGCUCUCAUUCUAUUGGAUACUAUUCAACGAGUUGGAAGAGAUGGAAAGGAUUGUUCAGCUAUGAUCCUUCCGUCUGACGCGAGUCCUGAUUUGUCACCAUUGUUUGUGACCUGCUGCAAUGAUACCUGCAGCUUCACUUGGACAGGUGCUGAACACAUAAACCAGGACAUCUUCGAAUGUAGAACCUGUGGUCUAACAGGAUCUUUAUGCUGCUGCACCGAAUGUGCAAGAGUCUGUCACAGGGGACACGAUUGUAAACUUAAAAAAACUUCACCAACAGCUUAUUGCGAUUGCUGGGAGAAAUGCAAGUGUCGUGCUCUCAUUGCUGGACAUCAAGGUGCUCGUUACGAUCUUCUGUGUCGUCUUGUUACUAAUACUGACCUUGCUACAAAAAUUAAUUCUCGGGGUGAAAGUAUAUUGCUGUUCCUCGUACAAACUGUAGGAAGACAAUCAGUAGAACAACGACAGUUCCGGUCAGCACCACGACAGCGUUCGACUUCCGCCAGUCGCAAGACUCCGUCGUCCGAUGUGUUCCUCUCAGGUUUGGGUGCUGAUUUAGACAUGCCGGAUCACGAUCUGGAGCCACCACGAUUCAGUCGAAGAGCUUUAGAAAGACUUUUGAAUGACUGGCCAGCCGUGCAAUGUAUGAUAAUGUCUGGUGUCUCGGAGAAUUCGAAUGAUCAACUGUUUGGAGACCAAGGACAAUCCUGUAGACAAAGUGGUACCGCUCUGCUAGACAAGUUCACUCACACUUUGUUAGUGAAGUGCAGUGCAGAGAUGCUAGACACGUUACUCACAACACUUAUAAGAGAAUUGCAAAAUGAAUCGGUACCAGGUCGCCAGGAGGAAGCAAAUCAUGUGGCACGUCGGUUUGUAAGAUCCGUUGCAAGAAUAUUUGUUAUAUUCACUGUAGAAAUGGCACCAAACACAACAAAGCGAAGAGGCGUCAGUCAAUCUUCACAGCCGCUGAUGAAGUGCCGUCGUGUAUUCCAAGCACUGAUUAAAUUAGCUGUAGAAGAAUUAUGUGAAACAGCUGAUUCCUUAAUAGCUCCUGUACGUUUGGGCGUUGCUCGUCCAACUGCUCCUUUCACAUUAACUAGCUCAACCAUUGAAGUCAUAAACGGGUCUGAAGAACUUUUCUCGAUAGAGCCUUUAAUUCCACAUAGUGGCGUCAGUUCUCAAAUUUUGGAUGCUGCUUUGCAAACUCAACAGGGCAAUAAUAAUAUUACAAUUGCUAGAGAUGUAUCUGCUAUAGAUGAAGCAGAGGGUGGUGAAGAAGUUCCAAUGGACAUGGACGGAGAUAUAAGUGAGCAUGAAGAAUCAGGAGUUCUUGGUGCUGUAGCUGGACAACCUCUUGGAGAAGUAGAUAGCAAUGCUGGAGGUGUCGGUGAAGAACAAACUGGAGACGGCGAAUCAGAUACAGAGUUAGAUCUUCUAGCAGAACCAGAAACAGAAUCUGACUCGGAUGACAAUCACAGCAAUCAGGAUGCAGCAUCCGCCCAACGUAGUGUACAGACUGGGGCAACGGCAGGAUCCGACGGCGGUAUGGGAUCUAUUCUUCUGUUCCCUGAAGAUGAGUCCGGAGAGUCCAGUCAGCAAGAAGAUGAUGAGAGUGAAGCUGGUGAAACCGAUGAACAGGACAAUGACGAGUUCCAAAUUGCCGAUGAGCAACUUGAACGCAGAAGAUUUGUAAUAAUUCGUUUCAGCGGUUCUACCAGUCAUUCUCAUCGUAACAAUCUCGCCCCUGUUUCGAUGCAAUGGGCUAUACGAAAUCGAGAGUCAAGCACCCGCACAGCAGGCCUGAGAAUGGCCAGUAGCAACAACUUAGUAUUCAUAGAUCCUUCCUCUCUAAGACGUUCGACCGCUACUUCUGCUGUGGCAGCUGCCCAGGAACCAAUUACCAUGGGAACAACAGCCAGUUGUUUGGCACGAGCAUUUGGAAUUGUGAUUAGGCAAAUAGCCGAUCUCCUCACAAUGAUGCAAGAUUAUAAAACCUUGGCACCAGCUCUGCCGCGACUUAUAGAGAUUACCUAUCAGGAUGCCACCACCUUACAAAUGUAUCUGGAAGGUCAUCUUAAACCAACAUGGGAUUGGUUGCUGACUGUAAUGGAUGCCACAGAAGCACAAUUAAGAUUCGGAGUUUCGUUAACGCGUAGCGCUGAUCCAACUCAUCCUGAACAUCCAUUAAACAAUGCACCCUCGCUCUCCGGAGGAAACUUUACAGGAUUACUUAAUUCAGCUGCUCUUUCGCUUACCUUGCAAGGAAAUACAGGUCGGAAUCAACGCAGUGGUAUCACUACAACCUCCAAUAUCUCCACCACUCAAGGUUCAACACGACUCACCGUUGGUUUUACAGGCGUUGGCGAACCUCCUAGGAACAAUAGGGAUCGCGAAGGUGGAGACGCAAACUCGGCAAGACGUGAAUUUUUAUCUUAUUGCUUGUCCUUAAUGCGUGCCCAUAAUGGAGAGCAUAGGGACAGCUUGCCUGUUUUGGACGUGUCAGCAUUGCGACACGUAGCUUAUGUAUUUGAUGCUUUGGUCUACUACAUGCGUUCGCUAUCCGAGGAAAGGGAUGCCCAAAAAGAGUCUUCAACUUACUCAACCUGGAAUGAUCAAGAUGAAAAUGAUAAUGAGGAAGGCGAGGAAGACAAUUUACCAGCGGCAACAGCGAUGGAAACUGAUUCAGUAGAUUAUCCGGACCUGCUUCAAGUGCCCAUAUGUGGUACAGGCAACAACAAUAAUACCACAGCAAAAGGAAGGAAGCAUCCUUUCUUACAAAGAUCGGACUCCACGUUGUGCCUCGGUUGCCCGCCACUCGAUCCCUUUGACACUGUCAUGAGUGAAGCGUUACCGCUAGCUGAUCAGCCGCAUUUAUUGCAGCCGCACUCGAGGCGCGAAGACCUUUUUGGCGUCCCAAGACAACCUACAGCAACACCGGGUACCACUGGUCCAAAUCAAAAUCCUUUGGAAGGUUUGCCAACAUGGUUGGGACUAUCAGUGCGUAACACCGACAAUCAGAACCCUUCGGUAACGCCAACUUUCAGUCAAGUUGUACAGGGUCCUGGUCCUAGCGGAUCCUCGGACAAUAGACGAAGCUCAGUUUGUUCCAAUGAACCUGGACCUAGUAAAUGCAUGGAGAAACCAAAAUCGUUUAAUCAAACGACUGACAAUCAGCAGCCUAUGAUAACUGAGCAAGUGGAUAGAGCUCCUAUCAUUGUAUCACCCAGUAGUCAGAAUGAUGCAGGUACUGCUAAGGGCAAGGAUAUUUGUAAAAAUGGCAGAAGUGUCAUCGUCAGGGCAGGAACAGUAUCGGAACCAAGUGUAAAUAAAGUUGGAGCUCCUGAAGUAUUGGUUGUGCCUACAGUGGAGGCACAAAAUGUAUCUGAGGAAGUAGAUCCUGCUGCUUCGAGCCAUGAAAUAUCAGCUCAUGAAACCGUCGAGACAAGUCCUGUAGAAUCUGCCAGAGCUGUGUCAUCAAUCGGGCCGAAUAUAUCUCAUAAUAUCUUAUUGGGACGUUGGAGACUUUCCCUUGAUCUAUUCGGUCGAGUUUUUAUGGAGGAUGUUGGACUGGAAGCUGGAUCUGUGGUGUCCGAGCUGGGUGGUUUUCCAGUUAAGGAAGUUAAAUUCCGCAGGGACAUGGAGAAGUUGAGAAAUUCACAACAAAAGGACAUUACCUUAUCUAAGGUUGAACGCGACAGGACGCAAUUGCUAGUGCAGACGAUGAAGGAAUUAAAUACACAGUACAACCUCUACAAUAGGAGAGCUUCUAACACACCGCCAUUGGCAGUGAAUAGGAUAAAAGUGACAUUCAAAGAUGAACCAGGUGAAGGAUCUGGUGUAACUAGAAGUUUUUAUACGGCGAUCGCAGAGGCUUUAUUAGCAAAUGAAAAACUUCCGAAUCUGGAAGCAGCGCAGGUCGGAUCUAAAUACACGCAAUAUAACGUAUUACAAAAAUUGAAAAGUAGAGAUCGUGAUCGUGACCUCCGGCGACAGAAUCCACGAUCUUCUGGAAAAUGUCGAGAGACACGCAGAGCGCUUUCUCUCGAAGCUCGUUCCUUCCAUCCUACUGUCUCUGUGGAAGGUGCUAGUGGAUCAGGUCCUGGUAGUUCAUCAUCAAGUGCUCACCCAUUACCAGUCAGUCAUCCUAGUAACGAUCAUUUAACAAUGCAGCAGGAACAACUUGGCAACAGACUCUAUCCCAAGGUACAUGCUUUGCGAUCCACACUGGCUGAGAAAAUAACAGGAAUGUUGUUAGAACUGCCACCGGCACAAUUGCUGAUGCUGCUAGCUUCAGAGGAUGCACUUCGGCAGAAGGUCGAGGAGGCAUUUGAAUUAAUUCAUAGUCGCAAUCAGGAUUUGGCAAGUGAGGCACUACUCGACCUGGACGUGUUUAGUCUAACCGAACGUUGCGGUGCUAACAAAAAGAAAAUGGAGAACAGCAUCCUGGACGACACCGAAGACAAUGCACCUCUGUUCUACUCCCCGGGGAAAAGAGGAUUUUAUACGCCAAGACAAGGAAGAGCCAGUUACGAGCGUCUAAAUGCAUUCAGAAAUGUGGGCAGACUGAUAGGCCUUUGUCUCCUACAAAAUGAAUUGUGCCCAAUAUUCUUGAACCGGCACGUGAUCAAGUACAUCCUGGGGAGGCCGAUACGCUUCCACGAUCUUGCCUUCUUUGAUUCUGUGAUCUACGAGAGUCUCCGACAAUUGGUGAUCGAUGCUGAGACUAAGGAUAGCAACAGUUUGUUCUCUACACUUGAUCUUACGUUCAGUAUUGACCUGUGCCCUGAAGAAGGAGGUGGAUCGAUUGAACUAGUGCCCAAUGGUCGUGAUAUGGAAGUGACAGCUAGUAACGUUUACGAUUACGUUCGCAAGUAUGCAGAAGUCCGCAUGAUAAAGGUCCAGGAGAAGGCCUUGGAAGCAAUGCGAGAGGGUGUUUUCGACGUUCUCCCUGAUGGUGCAUUGGAUGGUCUAACUUCAGAAGACUUGAGACUCCUAUUGAACGGAGUUGGCGACAUUAACGUUUCCGUUCUAAUAUCGUAUACGUCAUUCAAUGAUGAAUCCGGAGAAUCGACGGAUCGGCUAGUCAAAUUCAAACGGUGGCUAUGGUCCAUCGUCGAGAAGAUGUCACACGUAGAGCGACAAGAUUUGGUAUACUUCUGGACUGGUUCUCCUGCACUCCCGGCUAGCGAGGAUGGUUUUCAACCUAUGCCCAGUGUGACUAUUCGACCAGCCGACGAUGCUCAUUUACCAACCGCGAAUACUUGUAUCUCACGUCUGUACGUUCCGUUGUACAGCUCGCGUCAUGUAUUGCGUCAUAAGUUACUUCUUGCCAUCAAGACAAAGAACUUUGGAUUCGUAUGAAUUCGGUUGGCAGCAGUCGUAAUGAGCCGCCGCCGCCGCCGAAGCCGCCCACGUUCGUACGCAUUAGCUCCAAAAGGAAGUUGCAUUAUUCGUAAUGAUAUAAGAAACAAAAAACAAAGUUAUAUGUUGUUACUUUCCUUUCCUUCCUAGGCAAAUUUAUAACAUUUAUAAAUUUAUAAGGUGUAAUUACGAAUUAUGAUUUCUAUUAUCGAGAAGUGGUCUCCAUCGUAAUAAGGUUUUAUGUUAAAGUGUCAUAUUUAGCCUUUAUAGCGACCCAAUAAAACUUUCUCAAAAAUUA